AUGUACGACUUUGAGCAGCCCAAUCUAGGCAUCGCGACAAGGAAUGAGGAGGUUCAUGCAGCGAGGCGCCGUGUCUGGAGCCGAGGAUUCGGUGAGCGAGCGCUCCGCGGUUACGAAGACCGCGUCGCCGUCUACGUUCAGAUGGUUCUUGCGCGUCUCUCAACUAGCAAAGAGCAGGCAGUCGAUACCGCCCGGCUGAUGGAACACUUCGCGUUCGACGUCUUGGGUGACCUGGCCCUCGGAAAAGACUUUGGCAUGCUCCGAGACGGUGGGCACCCGGCCAUUGAGCAGCUGGUGAAAGGGAUGGAGAUUAUGGCUCUGCGUCUCCCUAUGUGGCUACUGCGGUUGAUGGUUGACAUCGCGCAGCCGCUAGUUCCAACAGAGGAGAGCACAGGGUUCCUGGCUUUCUGCCAUGCGAACCUGGACAGGAUGAUGACUGACGAGAAACGGUUCGAGCGUCCGAGUUUGAUGGCGCCUCUGCUGGCACAUUACGAAAAACUGCCACCGAUACAGCGAGACAUCUCGAUCCUGAGAAAUGACUGCCGUUUCGCCAUUAUUGCUGGGAGCGACACUGUAGCUGCGACACUUGCCUUCAUAUUCUUCUACCUAGCUAGGCAUCCAGAGCAUGUAAAGAAGCUGCGGGAUGAGUUGUCUCCAUUGCGAGAGACAAACGACCACGAGAAAGAUCGGCAGUUCAGCCAUCGAGGCAUCAUGGGCGCGGAACAUCUGAACGCGGUCAUCAACGAAACUCUCCGCUUGCACCCUCCUGCGUCGACAAUCAUGCGCAUCACGCCACCCGAAGGCUUGACGGUGGGCGAUACUUUUAUACCUGGGAACAUGACAGUUUUCUCAUCGCAGUAUGUCAUCGGUCGGUCUGAAGCUGUGUAUGAGAGAGCGGCAGACUUUGUUCCCGAGAGGUGGUACUCUCAACCGAAGAUGAUCAAGGAACGGGCUGGCUAUGCUCCGUUUUCAACCGGACAUCACAGUUGUCUCGGACGACCUCUUGCUCUUAUGGAGAUGCGACUGCUCCUUGCCGAGUGCGCUUGGAGAUAUAAUGUGUCAUUUGCAGCGGGUUUCGACGACGUCAACUUCCUGAACACAGUGGAGGACUGCAUGUCGUGGCACAUGGGCAACUUAGACUUGUGCUUCACGGAAGUUCAGCAUAUCUAA